AUAGUAGAAACAACAAGUCUGCUUCUGAAACAGAAUAGUAAAUAAAUAACAUAGUUUUUAUACAUUUUUGGGUACUCGCAUCUAGAAAAAUGUAUAUCAACCAAUUAUAAGUAAAACGGGCCUUUAAAACGUAUUUAGCGUAGCAUCAUUAUACAAAAUCAUCAUUCGAAACUAUCUUAACAUAGAGACAUACUUGUAUAGGUAUAGUAUAGAGAUUUGAGUUUUGACAUUACGAAAUGAAAACGUCGUAGGUAUAUUGUGUUGUGCUAUAUAUAUAUCAGUGCGGCGCGAGUCGGGACUGGGGCGGGACUGGGGCGGGACGGAUCGCCGCCGCCGCUCGUUAUAAAUAUACGCAGCACGCAGAGCCAUGACCUCGCUCGCGCUCGCGCAGGACAGCUGGAGCGACGCGGAGACCACGCCAUGGCAAGCCGAGCGCGGCGCGGCAAUAGAGGUACUGCAAGCGGUGUUUGCGUGGCUGAGUGGCGGAGAGUUGUGGACGGCGGUACGCGUGUGCCGCGGCUGGCGCGCCGCCGCAGAGACCUGGGUGUGGCGGCGCGCGCUGUUGCCGCACGCUGCGCCUGCGCACCUCGCCGCCCUGCGCCGCGCCCGUGCUGCCGCUGCGCUUAGCUCUGCUGACAAUGCUACUGGAGAGUCGUGGGCGGCGUGGUCGUGGCGGCGCGAAUACUGCCUGUCGGCGGCGCGCUGGCGGCUUGCUGAGCGCGCGCCGGCCGCGGGAGGGGCUGACGUUGUCCACGCCGCGCUUAGCCACGCAGGUGACCGGCUCGCUGUCGCCGCAGAUGACGCUUCGCUUACGAUGUGGGCGCGUGCGGAAAGCUGCGCACAAUGGGUGCUAUGCUGGCGGCGCAGCGAGCGCACUCGCGGCUGGGCGGCGGCGCUGAUGGCGCGCUGGGCGCCCGACGACGCGCGCCUUCUGCUCGCCGGGCCUCUCGUGCUUGCCGACCGCUGGGAGCUGCUUGUUUUGAGGUUCGAUGAAAGCGGCGUUGGGCGAGUGGAGGUACGGGCGGAGUGCGGCGCGGGCGGCGGCUGCUGGGCUGGGCCCGCCGCCUUCCUGUCGCUGUCGCUACGACUGCUGGCGCCUGCGCGCGCCGUCACCACUGUGUGGCUCAACGCUGCCGACCAGUGCGUGCAGUCGGAGUUCGCGGGCGUGAGGUCGCCGGUGCUACGCGUCUACAACGAGGCCGCCGCGCAUAUAACACAUAUGCUCGUAGCCGAGGUUCCAGGGCAUGAGUUAGAAGAUUUAGAAGGCCGGGGACUUGAGAAGCGGCCCUUUGACGCCGCCGAGCCACUCGACGGCAAGACCGGGGUCGGUGCUAGCUGCCCGCGGCCCUACUACUGGCGCGCCACACUGCCGAUCCGUGCAGAGCAGUAUGAGCGAGUAGUGUUGGCGGCCAUGGGCGCGACAGACGGGGCGCGCGGCGCCGCGUGCGCGCUGGCCCUCUGGGCGCUGCGCACGCGCUCGCCGCCGCCGCUAUUCGCGACCACUUCCUUGGCGGAACGCGUGCAGGCGCGCCGCAGGGCCCGGCUAGCGCCCCCAGCGCCCGACGCACCCCCCGCACCCCCCGCACCCCCAGCGCCCGACGCGCCCCCCGAGCCGCCGCCCAGCGAGCACGAGCUGCGCGCCCUUUGCACGCCGCCGCUUGCCACGUGCCGCCUGCCUUCUGCUAUAUUAGGCGUAGAAAUACAUGGAAACGGCGGGUGCGUGUGGGCGGUGUGCGGCGCGAGCGCGCAUUGCGCCUCUCUGCCCGCGCUGCGCCCGCUGCUGCGCGUGCCGCUCGCCGCGCCCCCAGCGCCCUCAGCGCCUGUCCUAGUCCCCGCGCCCUACCUGGUGCAGCCCGCGGUCUGCGACGACUUCCUAGUCACGCCGGACGGGCGCGGGUCGGGCACGGUGCGCGUGGUGGCGGCGAGGUCGGGCGCGAGCGGCGCCGCGCUGCUCCACGCCGCGCCGCCCGUCGCCGCGCUGCUGCCCGCGCGCCCUAAGCAUCUGCUGGUGCUCGCCGGUCAACACCUUUAUGUGUGGAGGUGUCCAAUGCUAGAACACGACGACACAAGAUGCUGACUGGAAUUGGCAGAGCUCUUUAGUGCAUUAAAAACAAGACAAUUUAAAUUGUUAAUUCGUGUGGCCAUCGAGAUCCGUGCCGUUCGAGUCAUACGAGGCGGUCGCGGCGCACACCGCACACCGCACACACACACCGCCAUGGCGUCACGCUCGGCCGGCGCGAGGGUCAUCGCACGAUUUUUUAUUGCUUCCACAGAGGGGCGGAGCGGUGCGAGAGCAGUGCGUCGCAAUUCGCACGACGCAUCGGCGCCGGCGGGCACGGGGAGGCCGGCGCGCACAGCUUGCAGCGCGGUGGAGGCGGCGGAGUGCGCGCCGUG